AUGGCAGAUCCCUUGUCUUUGGCAGCUAGUAUUGCUGGACUGAUAUCGCUGGCCGAUGUCACCUUCAAGUAUACUUACAAAUUUGUCAGAGCGGCCAAAGAUGCGAAAAACGACGUAUCGACCCUCGCCGACGAGAUCAAUAACCUUGGCAGCGUCCUCCGAGUUCUCGAAGCAUUAGCCUCUGACAUGGAAGCAGAAGGAGAUCAGUUUGAUCCAACACUGAGAAAUCACUAUCUCAACCACUGCUUCAAAACCCUAAGUCGCAUCGAAAUGAAAACAAAGAAAGCUACAGAACGCUUCGUACGAUCAAAAGUUGAGAGCAUCUACCAGCAUCUCAAAUGGCCUUUCUCUGCCUCUGAAACACGGAGUUUGCUAGACGAGCUUUCCCGCCACAAGGAGACAAUCAGCAUGGCAUUGGCGGCCGAUUCGAUGCAAAAACUACAACUAUCGCUCACGAAGAUAGACAAGCUGGGAGAAAACAUCUCCAAAGUCGAAAAGAUUGUGAAAAGAGUUGAGAUCAAUACUCUUAUCGAAGUUAAUGCUCAGAAGCAACGCAUCCUCAAUUAUUUCAUGAAGGCCGACCCACAAGAUAAUCUGGCGACGAGCAUCAAACUGCGACAUUCGAUGACAGGCCUUUGGCUGACAGAAUCUACAGAUUUUGUUCGUUGGAUAGACACGCCUGGGUCCAAACUCUGGCUGACUGGUAUACCUGGUGCAGGAAAGACUGUCCUAGCAGGAUCAGUUAUACAAGAAGUACUUUCUCGGAGCUAUUCAAGAAACGAUAUUGGGGUGGCGUUCUUCUUUUGCGAUUACAAAAAUCCAAAGACCUGGGAGACUGUCAACAUCCUUGGAGCGAUAGCCAACCAGCUCGCCCGCCAGAGAAAGGAGGCGUUCGAAAUAUUAAACCUCUACUACGACGAUUUGCACCCGCCGGAGCAUAUUGGAAACAAUCCAGACUCCGAUGAAUUGAGAUCGAAAAUCAGUCAAAUGUCGGAUUUGUUUCACCGAACCAUCAUAGUCAUAGAUGGAUUGGAUGAGUGCGGCGAUAACACAGACGACGUCGUCGACACCCUGAUACAAAUGAUCGAAGACUCGGAAAAUACCUCGCUAGCAGUAUUCAGUCGAGACCAUUACAAUAUCCGUGUCAAUUUGGAGGCCGAAUUUGAAAUCAUUCCGAUUAUAGCACAUACCAAUGACAUUCAACUGUAUGUUGGUGCUGAGCUUGAUCGUAGGGUUCGUACACAAAGAUUACAGCUUGCCACUCUGCACAUGAAGCAAGAAAUCCAGGAGGUUCUCGUGUCACGAGCUGAAGGAAUGUUUAGGUGGGUUGUUUGCCAGCUGGAUUAUCUUUGUGACUGCGCUCAUGAUGACGAGCGUCGAGAGGCUUUAAGCAAGCUCCCCCCUGACUUACCAGAGAGUUACCGUCGUCUUCUUGAGAGGGUCAACCGAUGUUCACCCAGAGUUCAGGACAUGGUGCAAAAAUGUCUCCAUUUCCUGACCAUAGACGAGCCCAAGCUCACGAUACAUGAGCUUCGACAGGCAGUCUCAGCUCCUGAAAGGAUCGGUGAGACGCUCAAUGAGAGCAAUACUAUUUCCGAGCAGGAAAUUUCAAGGAGGUGCAGCAGUCUUAUUAGAAAGUCGACCGAUGGGAGACAUUUUGAAUUCGCCCAUUUCUCUGUACGAGAGUUUCUCGAAAAUCGGAAUGCCGUCUUGAGCUCACCUGAUCUUGAAAAGUAUUGGAUUGACUGGGAUUCUACACGUGCUUUGUUUUCUGCCCAGUGCCUUCGAUUCUUGCAAAUGGCGAAUUUCGAUUCUAUUCCCAUCGAUUUUGAAGAGGUCUUCGCCUCAAACAUUUCCGAUCUAUAUCGCGAGAUUACCGAGACGUAUCCAUUUUAUCGACAUGCGACAACAUGGUGGCUCAGACACAACGAUGUUGGUUUUGAUGAUUCGACUGUCUUGGCAUUGGUUAAAUCAUUGUUCAGCCCUUCCAAACGUGCUUGUUUCGUGCUGUGGUCCAUUGAGAUUCUUCAUCAGGUUUCAGUCUGGAACUACGCCUCUGUAGACUUUCACCGACAAGCUUGCAAGAUUGUCAAUCGGUCCUCAUUCCGCCCCCUACAUAUGGCAGCUGCUCUGAACCUUCCCGAAAUAUGUAGUUUUCUGCUCCUGGAAGAGUCAGAUGCGAACCGAAGGGCCGAGACCGCCAACUAUAUCGAUCUCGCAUUGGUGUCCGUGCUUGCGAUCCCUGGAAUGCCGGAUCUUUGUACCGAAAGGUCAAAAGAGGCACCGCGUGUCAGACGCGUAGUGGAUUUGUUCUUGCCGUCAACCGAACGACGAAACGAGACGAUCGACUGUCUGAUAGCAAAGGGAGCGCACCCAUCAAGUCACGAAAUAUCACUAAACUCAGCAUCUGUAUUUUCAAUCGUGUGCAUGCUUGCAGCUACCUUCAACGACCUAAGUCCCAUUACCAAGAUUCUGUCCUUGAACAUCUCUCCUACAUUGCCCGAGAUCAAAGUGCUUCAAGAAUGGAUUCCAAAAGCUGGCAGCUAUGAUGAUCAAGCGGAACUGUCAGCCAAGGGUUUGAUGCAGUAUCUUGGUCAACCAAAGACGCAUUCAACCGACUGGGGAAGAGAGGCUGCCUCCGUCGUUUGGAGCUGGACGCUGAAUAGUGGAUUCUCGUUCAAAAAAGAUGAAUAUCUGAAUUCGGGGCUCGAUGUCCCCUCUGAGGGUCUGGACAUGAUUCAAAUUCAUUCAGCAAUACGCAGCGACGAUUUGAACAUCAUCAAACGGUGGCUGAACGAGAGUCAUCGCAAAAUGGAAAGACUGGACUUAGCUAAUGCGCAUAAAAUAUUGCAUUUUGCGCUGUACAAAAAGAUUCUCGAAUGUACCGACAGAGAAAAAUUGGUUUCCUCAUCUGCCUACCAAGACCUCACCCUUUUGCACAUGCUUGCAACAGACAAAGAUGCGAGUUCGAUACUUUGGUUGGCAGAGGAACUCAUUCAUCGAGGACUCGAGAUUAAUCUGUCUAGAUCAGGUUGCCAGGAGGAUUCUGCUAUCAACCACCACAUCCGAAAUAAUUCUUUUCAGUUUGCCGAGUUACUACUCCAGAACGGUGCAAGUCCACUUAUUGACGGUGUACUACCCUUUCGUAUCAUAGAAACCGUUAUCGAAGCUGGCAAUGCAGAAUUUCUGGAUCGCAUCUUGGCACAUGCAGCUGACAUGUCGGCGGAAGUGAAUUGGAUUGACUCGAAUCCCAUCUUUGCUGUUAACGACACUCAAGAGAUUUGUGUCAAUCGAGGUAACGUACUACAUUUGGCAGUCGAUCCAAAGAGCAUUGUCUGCUUAGAGCGUUUGCUCAAAAAGUGGUUGGCAAAGAGAGAAGAUUUGAUACAAAAGAACGAAUUUACACCACUACACGUUGCAGCAUUCAAGAAGGAAGCUGUCGAGCUCCUUUUAGCAAAUGGGUUCGAUGCUAUGGCCGAAAACAAUCUUGAUCAAACACCACUGCAUUUGGCAGCGCAGGUGGGAAGUGUACCUGUGGUCAAGUGCCUGCUCAGCCAUGGUGCCUUCGACUCGUUCGAUAUAUUUGGAAGGUCUGCAAAGACGACUGCUCUGGAGUUAGGAUUCACUGAAAUUGUAGAAACUCUGGAAAAGACAAAUAAUAAAGAAAUAUGCUCGGCAAACCAGAAGAGACAAAAGCUCAGACAGAGGCAGAAGCAUUUGGCGAGAGGACUCGAGAGAGCGGUAUGGGCAUACGACUAUGGAAGCAUGGCGAUGCUCCUAGAUUCAGGGUGUCCAAUUGAUGUCUGGCUACCUACUAAUCAAGGAGGGACAGCACUGACAUGGGCACUAGAGCUAGAGCGACCGGCUGUGGUGAGAUGGCUCUUGGAGCGCGGAGCAAGCACACUGUCUGCUAAGCACACAAACGGAGUCGAAGACAGUGUUGUCGAGAUGGCAUCAGCCCGGGCUGUCUUUAGUUAUCAGCUGGAAGAGAUCUUGCAGAAGUAUUGGUUGGAGGGAGGGAAUCUUAUCACAGAUGAGGACUUUCCCUUCCACGAUGCUGUAUGGAACAACAAUACGUCAGGUAUUGAUAUCUUGCUAGAAGAAUGUGGUAGACAUUAUGGAAUGGAAGGACCAAAGAAGCUGGGCGCAAUAUUGAACCGUCAAUCAUUGUCCAUAUUCUGUGAUGCAAAAAACUGGCGGUCGGGGACACACUACGCAUUCACAACACCAUUACACAUUGCUUGCUGGCUGGGAAACAAAUCGGUUGUGUCCUUGUUGGUAGAUCAUGGCGCUCUUGUGGAUGCUUCAGAUGGCAAUGGUUGGACUCCGUUGAUGUACGUUCGGUCUGCCGACAUGGCAUGCCACUUGGUUGAACUUGGAGCUUCAGCCUCGGCGAUGUGCAGAUUCGGAUCACUUCCUUCGAUGAUCAGCUGGUUUGGACCCGGGCCAUUCCACGAGAUCUAUGAAUCCUUGUCAGUGAGAUUGCCAAAAGAACUCCUGGAUGAAAUGUCACCGAAACAGCUUCCCACGGGUUGUGAGGAUAUCCCGAUGUCAUGGGACAGCCUGGCAAAGCUGCGCGAGCUGAGGCAUGAUCUUCUGGCGCAAGACCACAGCGGCCGGAGUUUAAUGCAUUGUGUUGUAUGUGAGGAUGAUCUAUUUUACUUUGUACUCAAUUACUACCCCGACCUGGCGAAGAUAGGCCCCUUUCCAUGGCAUAUGGAAUGGCGGCCCUUCUCCAGCUUGGCGUUUUUGACUUUAAGCUUUGGCAAGUACAGGCGUUGUGUGCCUUUCGAGUCUUUCAGGCAUUUUCUGAAUCUUGAACCUUCUCGCGGUUGGAGUCCUUUGUGUCGUGCUGCAGCGUUGAACAUCGUUACUAUUGUUGAGAACUGUCUGAGUAUGGGCGCGGAUAUCGACUAUGAAGGCUGCCCCCUUGGAACGGCGGUCAUGAUUGCAAUUGUGGACUCGAAUGCAUACGACCUGGAGAAAGAAUUGGAACUAGGACCGAACUCGCAGCCAGAAGCGGUCUCGGAGUCGAACACGAAUUCAGAACAUGACGAAGAUCAAAUACGAACUAUCCUAAGGCCUACCAGCAGUGCAUCUGACCACUCCUUUCAUCAAACGUUUACCUAG